UUUUUCCCUUUCACUUCUGCCGAACAGCUGGGACGCAUCCAACAGCAACCCCAAGGAUAGAGAUUCUUCGUCGACGGUGCCAUCGCUCGCAUCCUGAACCGUCCCCGCGCAGCAAUCAAGAACCCCUGCUCUGCCCUGCCCGCCCGCCUUUCCACCGUUUUCGUCGCCAGCAGCGCACAUCGUCAGCACCAUGGCGGACCGAUAUAUCCCAGAGCAUCGCCGAACUCAGUUCAAGGCCAAGAACACAUUCAAGCCCGAUGAGCUCCGUCGCCGUCGCGAGGAGCAGCAGGUCGAGAUCCGCAAGGCCAAGCGCGAGGAAAACCUAGCAAAGCGACGAGGCAUUGGCUCUGGCGAGAGCCGCCCUGGUGCUGCUCUCGGCGCCGCCCCCGACAGCGACGAUGAGUCGGCUCCUACUGAGUCUCAGCUCAACGAGGAUCUUCCUCAGAUGGUUUCUGGCGUCUUCUCCGACCAGAUCGACCUCCAAAUCCAGGCCACUACCAAGUUCCGAAAGCUUCUGUCCAAGGAGCGCAACCCUCCCAUCGAGGAGGUCAUCAAGACUGGCGUCGUUAGCCGCUUCGUCGAGUUCCUGCGAUCCCCCCACACUCUGGUGCAGUUCGAAGCCGCCUGGGCCCUGACCAACAUCGCCUCUGGCUCUGCCACUCAAACCCAAGUUGUCAUCGAGGCUGGCGCUGUCCCCAUCUUCGUCGAGCUGCUUGGCAGCCCCGAGCCUGAUGUGCGGGAACAGGCCGUCUGGGCUCUCGGCAACAUCGCCGGCGAUAGCCCCCACUGCCGUGACUAUGUCCUCAGCUGCGGAGCUCUCAAGCCUCUGCUUAGCUUGCUCGGUGACAGCCGCAAGCUGAGCAUGCUCCGCAACGCAACUUGGACUCUGAGCAACUUCUGCCGUGGCAAGACCCCGCAGCCUGACUGGAACACGAUCGCCCCUGCGCUCCCUGUUUUGUCCAAGCUCGUCUACUCUCUGGAUGACGAGGUCUUGAUCGAUGCCUGCUGGGCUAUCUCCUACCUUUCUGAUGGCUCUAACGACAAGAUCCAGGCCGUUAUUGAGGCCGGCAUCCCCCGCAGACUCGUCGAGCUUCUCUUGCACGCAUCCACCUCCGUUCAGACUCCCGCUCUUCGAUCCGUUGGCAACAUUGUUACCGGUGACGAUGUCCAGACCCAGGUCAUCAUCAACUGCGGCGCUCUCCCAUGCCUUCUGUCUCUUCUGAGCUCCACCAAGGAUGGUAUUCGCAAGGAGGCUUGCUGGACCAUUUCCAACAUCACUGCCGGCAACUCGUCUCAGAUCCAGGCCGUCAUUGAUGCCAACAUCAUCCCUCCUUUGAUCCACCUCUUGCAGAAUGGUGAUCUCAAGACCCGUAAGGAAGCUUGCUGGGCCAUUAGCAACGCUACAUCUGGUGGCCUUCAGAAGCCCGAACAGAUCCGAUACCUCGUCUCUCAAGGCUGCAUCAAGCCCCUGUGCGACCUCCUUGCCUGCCCAGACAACAAGAUCAUUCAGGUUGCCCUCGAUGGCCUGGAGAACAUUCUCAAGAUUGGCGACUUGGACAGACAGGCUGCAGGCGACGGUGCCGACUCCAUCAACCGCUAUGCGCUGUUCAUCGAGGAGUGUGGUGGCAUGGAGAAGAUUCACGACUGCCAGAACAACGCCAACGAGGAAAUCUACAUGAAGGCGUACAACAUCAUCGAGAAGUACUUCUCUGACGAGGAGGAGAACGCGGAUGAGGGCGCCUCUCAGCCCACUGGCGCCAACGGCACCUUUGGAUUCGGAACCAACGGCGCUGCGCAGUCUGGAGGCUUCAACUUUGCCAACGGAGGUGAUUCGAUGGACAUGUAAGAAGGCACGCGUUAUACUCGUGAGCUUUUAGGUUGAUACUUUGAUGCGUCAAGCUGAAGAUUCUUCGCCUCCCAAAAUUGAUUGGCACCCCCAAGACCAUAACCACUUCCACGCACACCCUUCACAUUAUUGUCAUGAACACGAGCAGCAGAAUACUGCUGAUGAACCCCCAAAAUCCUUGGCAACAACCCACUAUCCCCCUUUAUCCCUUAAUUUGGCUUGACAAUCUGUGCGAGGAAGGAAGAGAAAGAGAGAAGGAACAGAGUAGCCCGACUGAAUAGCAGGCCCUAUGGUAGCUUGAAAGCUCCAGCCUGAGAAGAAAGAUGCUGUGACUGAGGAGUAGUCGAAUUUAGUCUGAAGCAGGAAAUACUGGGCAAAAGUUUCGUGGAUACGGGUCUAAAUGGCCACGGCCAUUGAAGAGCGACCCCCCGAUCAACUGCCUGCCUGCCUGAGUUUGGGUCUGGUAGUCUGACGGCAUAUACCACAGUGACACGGCGGAGAGAAGCCAGUGCUAGUGCAUUGCGCUUCUGUCGAGAGACAUGUUUGAGAAGAGAAGAGGCUGCUCUUGAUGCAACAAUCAAGUGUUUGUGCAUCCCACGUCUACGCAUUUAGGUAGUAAAACAAGAGGCAGAUUAUCCC